CUGAGUUAGCGCAGCGGCUCCACUUAUGCCUAUCCUCUCCAUCCCAGCCCGCGCCUCUCGCUGCCUUCUUCUUUCCGGCUACUCUUCCUUGUCUUUUCCUCUUCGUUUUUCCGGCCACUUUCUCCCCUCCGCAACCUCAACCUCACCACGCAACCGCCACCGCACCGGAUCCAAUUCGCCUUGGAGACAUUGCGUGCAUCAAACCUGCCCCGUGUCGCGUUCUCUUUUUUCUUCUGUUUGCUCGGUUUAUCCUUCCACGGCGCACAGCUUUGUGCGAUCGCGUCCGCCAACUACGUGUCUCCUUUGCGAUCGGUGCUCCUGAUCGCCUACGCCGUUGUUUGCAUCGCCAAGUCCUUCGAGACAAUCAUCCAUCGGAUACCAAACGCAGCUGAAUUGUCAUUUUACAAGCCCCUCGCUGCUCACCGCCGAUUGAUUUCUUCGCAUCAUCCUUAGCGACAGGAUCCCUAUUGCGCGCAGUUGGAUCCAGCUUCGAGAUCCGACAACCAAAUCCGCUCCGAUCCAAACAUGUCCAUGUACCCUCAUCGCGGCAUGCCCGCCGGCCCCCCUGGCAACUCUGCUCGCCUCAACGAGCUUCUCGAACAAAUUCGGGCCGAGUUCGAGACGCAGAUGCGCCAGUCUGAAGGCUUCGAGCAUCAAAUUUCUGCACAAGUAAGCGAGAUGCAGCUCGUGCGAGAGAAGGUCUACACAAUGGAGCAGACCCAUAUGACCUUGAAGCAAAAGUACGAGGAAGAAAUCAGCAUGCUUCGCCACCAGCUCGAGGCUGCGCGCAAGGGAGGUCCUCAGCCUGGUAUGGCUGGUCCUCCCCAACACGCCGGCCCUUCUCAGCAACCUCCUUCUAUCGCUCCCGGCAACGGCCUCUUUAGCGGCAUCAUGGCUGGAGGCAACCAGGCUGGUCUUGCUCCUCCUCAGCAGCAUGUUCCUCCCCAGGAGCAGCAGAUGGGUCCUGGACAUCAGAUGCCUCCCGGUCCUCCUGGCAUUUCCGGCCCUCCUCACCCCAGCGCUGGUGCUCCGUACCAGCAAGGCUAUCCCCAGGGCCCCGUUUCCAACGGAAUGGGGCAGCCUCCUCAGGGCACCGCAUCGCCGGGCCCUAACCGCGGUAGAGUUGGUCGUCCCCCAAAUGCAGUCGGCCCUGCGACGCCUCAGAUUAACACUCCGGCACCUUAUCCUCCUAACGCCCAGUCUCCUCAGGUCAGCCACCCUACCCCGGAGCAUGGCCGCAUGGGUGGCCCAAGAGCUCCUCCCCCUCCCGUGGGCAACGCCCUUGGCGACCUUGAAGUAGACGCUGUCGCUCCUCACAACAAGAAGACCGGCAAUGACUGGUACGCCAUUUUCAACCCCCAGGUUCAGCGCGUCCUCGAUGUUGACCUGGUCCACUCUCUUACUCAUGAGAGUGUUGUCUGCUGCGUUCGCUUCAGCCAUGACGGCAAGUACGUCGCAACAGGCUGCAACCGCUCUGCACAAAUCUUUGAUGUCCAGACUGGCGAAAAGGUCUGUGUCUUGGAGGAUCACAACGCGCAAGACAUGACUGCCGAUUUGUACAUCCGCAGUGUCUGCUUCAGCCCUGAUGGCCGCUACUUGGCCACUGGUGCUGAGGAUAAGCUCAUUCGCGUCUGGGAUAUUCAGUCUAGAACCAUUCGCAACCACUUCUCUGGCCACGAGCAAGAUAUUUACUCUCUCGACUUUGCUCGCGACGGCCGAACUAUUGCCUCCGGCUCUGGCGACCGAACGGUUCGAUUGUGGGAUAUUGAGGCUGGUACCAACACAUUGACCCUCACCAUCGAGGACGGUGUCACAACUGUUGCCAUUUCUCCUGACACCCAGUACGUUGCUGCUGGUUCGUUGGACAAGAGCGUUCGCGUCUGGGACAUUGCUAGCGGCUAUCUCGUCGAACGUCUCGAGGGCCCCGACGGCCACAAAGACUCUGUCUACUCUGUGGCAUUCUCCCCCAACGGCAAGGACCUCGUCAGUGGCUCCUUGGAUCGCACCAUCAAGAUGUGGGAGCUCAGCACCCCUCGUGGCGCUCCCAACUCGGGCCCCAAGGGCGGCAAGUGCGUCAAGACCUUUGAAGGUCACCGCGACUUUGUCCUCUCUGUUGCCCUCACUCCCGACGCCAACUGGGUUCUGUCUGGUUCCAAGGACCGUGGUGUUCAGUUCUGGGAUCCUCGCACGGGCACUACUCAGCUCAUGCUUCAGGGCCACAAGAACUCGGUCAUCUCAGUGGCUCCCAGCCCACAGGGCGGCUACUUUGCUACCGGUUCGGGAGAUAUGAAGGCUCGCAUUUGGUCCUACCGUCCAUUUUAAGGCGUUUUCAACGGAGUGAACUUUUGGCGCACGAUGGGUUUUGUCAACGCUACGAGAUUGUGGGAGAAAUCAACCUGAUGUUUCUUGUGUCUGUUUCUGUUUUUCUCUUGGCAGCUAGUAGUUUUGUUGUUGUCCUUUUUUUUUUCUAUUCUGUCUGUAUCUGUCUUCUUUUUAUUGAUGUUCAAAUCUGACCCCGACUAUACUCGGCGCUACUGCUGGGGCGCCAGCCGCUUGUGUCUCUGUCUCGCUAUGCAGGCAGACCUGCGACUUGGCGCGACUGGUUGCAGCUAUAUGCUUACUCUUCUGGCACCAAUGUAUGGUUUAGUAAGGGGCCUAUUUUGUAUGUAUGUUCUAUAGCGGGAA